CCUUUCCUUUGGCCAGCCCGCUGACCUGGGGGCAUGCUAGGCCGCCUGUGGCUGAGGUGCUGAGUGCCCGCCCCGCCGGGGUGGCUUCCUGCGGGGCCCAGAGCGGGCCGGAUGGGGCCUCCUUCUCCUCGCUCGGCACCCGCUCAGCCCAGCUCCGGGAGCCCCCCUCCCCGAGUACGGGCACCCUGCCGCGGCCGGCGGUGUCAGCGUGAGGGACGUCAGUGUGAGGGGGCCGGUCCUGGGUAGGGCAGGGGAGCCACGUCCCGCCCCUCGCCAUCGCUCCCUCCCUCCGGCUGGGGGCGGCCGGGUCGGCGCGCCCCGGGAUCCCAUUGCUCCUUCCUCGGUGUAUGGUCGCGGCGGGAGCAGAGGAGGACGAGCCUGGCGGGGAGCGGGCCGGCGGCGCCAGCGAGAGCGGAGCCACAGCGCAAAUGACCCACCACUGUUAGGCGGAGGUGUGUGAUGUCAAACAGUGGGCAGUUCUUGUGGCCUCUCCCAACAGCCUGCAGCGACAUGUGCCAGUAUGACUAUUAAGAAAGAAAAGCACACGUCAGACCUCAGCAUCCCAGAAAGAAAAAAGGAAGAACUAAACAGAGAGAACAAAUGACUGCACUGCUUGCAAAACUUGGGGCCAUUAACUUUUUCUCCUGAGAAAUUUCAUCUUGGCCUUUGUGAGAGAGCUGGAAGAGCAAGCAGAACAGCCACAGUGAUUUUUCAUAGGUCCUUUGUUUCUUCCUUUCUUAAUUUAAGUUUUUCCCCCUUUGUACCUGGAUUUUAUACUCUUGGCUGCACUGAUCGCAAGCACUGGACAUCAAUAUGUGUCAUGUCAUUGUAACCUGUCGGUCAAUGCUGUGGACUCUCCUGAGUAUUGUGGUGGCUUUCGCAGAGCUCAUUGCUUUCAUGAGCGCAGACUGGCUGAUUGGCAAAGCAAAACCUUCGAGCUCCGAGGAUGGGGACAACAGAACAGGGGGGUCACAGGAGCCUUACCGUCCAACACUGGGCAUCUACGGGCGCUGCACCAGGAUCUCCCACAUGCAAUUUUCUAGACGAGACACGCUUUGUGGUCCUUAUGCUGAAAACUUCAGUGAGAUCGCCAGUGGGUUCUGGCAAGCAACCGCUAUUUUCCUAGCCAUGGGAAUCAUGAUUCUCUGUGCUGUGGCAUUUGUGUCUGUCUUUACUAUGUGUGUGCAGAGCAUUAUGAAGAAAAGCAUUUUUAAUGUCUGUGGUCUACUACAAGGGAUUGCAGGCCUUUUCCUUAUUUUAGGCUUGAUAAUUUACCCUGCAGGUUGGGGAUGCCAGAAAGCAGUAAGCUAUUGUGGACCUUACGCUUCUGCUUACAAACUAGGAGACUGCUCCUUGGGCUGGGCUUUCUACACAGCUAUCGGUGGCACUAUUCUGACAUUCAUCUGUGCGGUCUUCUCAGCACAAGCUGAAAUAGCUACGUCCAGUGACAAAGUUCAAGAAGAAAUAGAAGAAGGAAAAAACCUUAUCUGCCUCCUUUAACUCCAGUGGGGAAAAAUACCAGCACCUGGAUAUCAGUCUGCUUUCUGUUGACUGGACAAGCAGAUCUGCUUCCCUGUUUUUACCAUUUGUGUGAUUGAGCCCCAUGCAUCCCAGCCCCGAACUACUGAAAUGGUAUUUCUUCC